AGUUACUCAUGGUCGUGUUCGUGUUCGUUUUCCUUCACAAAAUUUUCCAAUUCUCUUAGUCCCAAUGUUGACUAAAGCGUGGUGUCAGUGUUGGAUGAAAAAGCCUCAGUUCCUCUCCUUCCUCAGACCCAUAACAACUAUUCCACACACGUUUCUUCCCACUGAUUAUGUCUACUUAAAGAACCGCGAACUCCACGCUCUCAUAAAAGGCAGGGACACCAACGCUGCAUUCUCACUGUUCCACAACAUGCCAUUGCGUGACACUGUCACCUACAACUUGAUAAUUUCCGGGUUCCGCGAGCAACCAGAACACGCUCUUCGUUUCUACGCCCAAAUGGGUUCGCUUGGAAUAGGAGAAAGCUCGACCACGUUCUCCUCUGUUGUAGCGGUUUGCACCAAGGCCGCUUUUUUCAGAGAGGGUGUUCAGGUGCAUUGCAGGGUGGUCAAGCUCGGAUUUUCAUGCAACGUGUUCGUUGGUGGUGCACUUGUUGGGUUUUACACGCGUAUGGGGCUAAGCGGGGUGGCACUGGAAUUGUUUGAUGAGUUGCCGGAACGAAAUUUAGCUGUCUGGAAUGUGAUGCUGCGUGGGUUGUGUGAGCUGGUUAGUGUGAAAUUGGAAGACUUAUUGGGGUUUUACUCUCGGAUGCGUUUUGAAGGUGAGGAGCCAAAUGGGGUUACGUUUUGUUAUUUGCUUUGGGAGUGUGGUAAUCAGAGACGGUUGCAUGAAGGAAAGACGAUUCAUGGGUGCGUUUGGAAGGUGGGUGUGGUGGAAUCGAACGUUUUUGUUGCCAAUGCUUUGGUGGAUUUUUACUCUGCGUGUGGGUGUUUGGUUGGUGCAAGGAAGUGUUUUGAAGCCAUAGAAAAUGAGAAUGUUAUUUCGUGGAACUCGUUGGUUUAUGUUUAUGCUGAAAACAGUUUGUUGUGUGAGGCUUUGGAGGUGUUUAGUGUCAUGCAGUUGUGGGGGCGAAGGCCAUCAAUUCGUUCGUUGGUGGGUUUUUUGAAUUUAUGCAGUAGAAGUGGAGAGCUUUGUUUUGGAAAGCAGGUACAUUGUCUUGUAAUGAAGAUGGGUUUUGAUGAAGGGAGUGUGCAUGUUCAGUCUGCUUUGAUUGAUAUGUAUGGAAAGUGCAGAGACAUUGAGGGUUCUGUGGCUGUAUUUGAAUGCCUUCCCAAGAGAACUUUGGAGUGUUUCAACUCAUUGAUGACCUCUUUGUCUCAUUGUGAAGCCGUUGAGGACAUGGUUGAAUUGCUUCGUUUAAUGGUCGAUGAGGGUCUUGUGCCGGAUGAAGUAACCAUAUCAACCACGCUGAAGGCAUUGUCAGUGUCUGCUUUAUCAAGUUUUACAAGUUUCCAGUCACUGCAUUGUUAUGCAUUAAAAUCUGGACUUGGAGGAGAUGCUGCAGUUGCCUGUUCCCUCAUGGAUGCAUACUCAAGAUGCGGGCAUGUGGAUCUUUCUCAUCGAAUUUUCGAGAGUCUUCCUUCUCCAAGUGCUAUUUGCUUCACAUCCAUGAUCAAUGCGUAUGCUCGAAAUGGAAUGGGAAAGGAGGGAAUUGCAGUGCUUCAGGCUAUGAUUAAGAGGGGACUAAAGCCAGAUAAGGUUACCUUCUUAUGUGCUCUAAGUGGUUGUAACCACACAGGACUAGUUGAGGAAGGAAGGGUAGUUUUCGAGUCGAUGAAAUCUCUACAUGGGCUCGAUCCAGAUCGCCGCCAUUUUUCAUGCAUGGUGGAUCUUUUAUGCCGCGCAGGACUUCUCUAUGAAGCUGAAGAGUUGCUUCUACAGGCACCAGGAAAAAGAGACUGCUUUAUGUGGAGCUCUUUGCUUAGAAGUUGCAGGGUCCACAAGAAUGAAGAGGUUGGAACAAGAGCGGCAGAAGUCUUACUUGAGCUAGAUCCAGAUGACCCUGCAGUGUGGUUGCAGGCUUCUAAUUUUUAUGCUGAAAUAGGGAAAUUUGACGAGGCAAGGAAAAUCAGAGAAGUUGCUCUAGCAAGGAAGAUGACUAGGGAGAUUGGUCAUAGUUUAAUUGAGAUAAGACAGUGACGGGAAAAUAGCGUUCCUGAAUUGAUGAAGCAUUUGACACAUUAUUCACACACGAUAAGACAAAAUCAUGUCAAUUUGCUGAGCUGAUGGAGAUGUUUCCUGAGAUAGUAAGGUCUUGUCUAUUUGGGCAAUCCUACAAUCUAAGGGAAAGGUUUCCUUUGGGAGGAGUUCUUGGUGUGAGCAUGCCAAAUAAAUGAGGGUCGGAAUUUGGGUUCCCAUGUUUAGUGUAACUAACUGGCAGCUUCCAAAAAUAGAAAAAUAUUUUCCCCCUUUUGUGUACCGCAUGUUAUUAUGCCUUUAUACUAGUGCAAUUUGAGACACAGUGGAAUAUGCAAAAUAGA